UCGAACGUGUGUUUUAUUUCCCCCCGUUUCUAAGACCACCACCUGUUCAUCAUAUUGUUCCAAUCAAACUUCUUGUACCAUUGACGUCACUUUCAGGUCACGUGACCCGGUUCCGGCGCUCCGAUUGGUCCGCGCUGUGUUAUUGCAAGUGAAGUGUCAGACGAGCCCGGCGCGGUAUUGUUGCUGCUGUUCUGCCAAUUUAUCUCCAAUUACCGGAGAGAUAUUCCACUCUAAGGACCGAUUGUCGGGUACUGCUUGUAUUUUCCAGGCUGGUUCUGUCGCUGGUCAGUGUCAGGGUAGGUAGUUCCCAGUUGUAUAAGCGAGAGGGCCAAAGUCCGUGGUUGUUUAUGAUUGUGAGGAGAGGCCGGCUGGAGAGAGAUUUGUUGUAACCCGUUAGGUUAGCUCCCGAGUAAGUGCAGGCCGCACUCACAGUGAGCGAGCGCUCGCUGCGUCUGUCUCUCGCACCAUACUGCCUGCCUGGGCGCUGUGGUGAACCGCCGACUGUCAUCGAUUUUUGUCAGCAGCCGAUCAGAGUGAUAGAUAUGUCCGUUUACCGAUAGUUUGCCGACUUUAGACUCGCGAGGUAACGUUAGGAAAAGAGGCUAGCUGGGCGAUCGCAGCAGCAGAUAUCUCUCAGAUGGGGAGAGGGGCCGGGCGAUACUGAUCCUCCUCCCAGACCCCGGCAAUAAUCAAUUUGAUCGGGCUGGCAGCAGCGUUAUUUACGUGCAAUAUUGAGUACACUGACGACGUUUCCACGGUUGUGCCACGCCGGUACGGUGCCUGCAGGUGAACGGUUGUGUAAGUGAGGGAGUGCCCCGGCCGCCUCGCCGCCCCACCGCGCUGCCUGCCAUGAGGUGUAGUCGCCAUGGGGUGUGCGCCCAGCAUCCAUGUGUCUCAGAGCGGAGUGGUGUACUGUAGAGACUCUGACGGAGGCUCCAACUCCCCGCACCCGUCCGGCUUCUCCCGCUCCUACCACACACACAUCCACCACGGUGCCGUGGGACCCAUCAGCAUCAAGACCGAGGCCACAGACGGGGACCCGCCGACCCUGGUGCAGACACUCGCCGUCAAGAAGGAGAGAAGGGGCACCAUAACCUUCGAGGCCGAGACACAAACAAGUCGGGCCAAUAUGAAGGAGCAGACAGGACUCCCCAGUCAGACUGAGGACAUGCUGGGACCCAUGAAGGUGAAAAAGGCAGCAGUGCGGAUCUUGCUGGUGUUUGCCAAAGAAGACGGCCAAAGCGAUACGUUUUGGUGGGCCUGCGAGCGCCUGGGCUACCGCUGUGAGCUGGCCCGAAACUCUGAGAGCGCGCUGGAGGCGAUUCUUCAGAAGCACCAUGAUCUGAUCAUCAUCGACCAUCGACACUCCAGAAACUUUGAUGCCGAGGCCCUUUGCAGAUCAAUUCGUGCAAUAAAGUCCUGUGAGCAUGCAGUAGUAGUUGCAGUGACCAGAAAGUCACCCAAUGAGAAAGAAGAGCCAAGCAUUCUGCCCCUACUAAAUGCUGGCUUUAACAGGCGUUACACGGAGAACACUAACCUGGGCGCAUGUAUGAAUGAGCUGCUGAUGUUGGACCAUUGUGAGGUCCGCGCCAGGCACAAGCUGAGACGUAAAGCCAGCAGCCCAGUAUAUGAGAGCUCAUGGUGUGAAACUGCUGCAUGUAAAAGAGCCCAUCACAUCGAUAAGAGUAGGAGUGAUGACCGGACAUACGUCAACCCAGGAUACGAGCGUCUGACAGGCUUCACGUCUCAGGAGGUGAUCGGGAAGGAGAGAGGUCUGCCCAAGAGCGACAAGAACAGUCUGGACCUACACGACGCCAUCAACACUCAGAUCAAGAAGGGGAAGAGCUGGGAAGGGACAGUUUAUGACCACCGGAAAAACGGAGACAGCAUUCAGCAGCACAUACAUAUCUGUCCUGUCCUGGGACAUGCAGGAAAAAUUACCCACUAUGUGACCCUGAGGAGAUCGGCUGGGCAGACCAACACCUCAGGGCCUCUACAGGAUCAGGCUCAGUCUCAGGCUCAGGCUCAGACCCAACGCAAACAAAGUGUCCCCGUAGGACAGUCACCCCGCGUUAGCCAGGACUACGGAGUCCCCAAGUCCCGUAGGCACUCGGAGUACGACGAGAGCGUGAUAGGGCUGUGGACGCGCAGCUCCAUGCUCCCUAAGGUCGACGCCGAGGCCCUGCAGGCUCUGAUCGAGAAGGUGGAAGGGGAGCCGCUCCCUCCCGGUAAAGCCCACAGGAGGUACACGAAAGAGGAGUUGGCCGGCGUUGCCCACGUGGCGGCAGUCGCAGCCGUGACGAAGAAGCUUGAGGAGGUAGAGAGCGUAGGGAAAGCCGUGGUGACUCCCGUGGAGGGAGGCGAAAAGAUGGGGCAGUCAGGAGGCAAGGAAAAAGGGGCAGUGAAGGCUGAAGAAGUAGGGGCAGGUAGUCAGGAUGAAAAGAAGGAGCAAGGAGAGGCAGAGAAGGAUGAAAAGAAAGAGCAGGCAGGUGUAGAGAAGGAUGAAAACAAGGAGGAAGGAGAGGUAGAGAAGGGUGAAAAGAAGGAUCAAGGAGAGAUAGAGAAAGAUCAGAAGAAGGAGCAGGUAGAGGUAGAGAAGGAUGGAAAGAAAGAAGAAGGAGAGGUGGUAGACAAGGAUGAUUCAGGUGGUAGCAAGAAAGCUGAUGGGCAGGAAGCAGUUAGUCAGGAGGAGGAAGGCCAACAGAAGGAUGUAGAUGCCGAGGAGGAUAAGCAAGGGCCAGACAGUCAGGCAAAAGAUGAGGGCACAGGGCAGUCGUUAGCCGAUGGUUCUUACCUGGAUGUCUGCGAAAAGGCCUACUUCGUUGUCAGGGUUCUCAUCAAGUGUAUUGAGAAAUUGAAGGCAGAUUCGGAUCUACAUUUGCAGUCAGACUGCUGUAGACGUAAGGGGUCUAAUGAGUUUAACACUCGCAAAAGCUCCUUGGAUAUUAAGUCCACUCACUCCGGAAACUCCACUUGUUUUGAGGGUGCGGGAGGCAGAAGGAGAGAUUCGAUUGCCAGGAUACAUGCCAUGACCAUUGAGGCACCCAUCACCAAGGUGAUCAACAUCAUCAACGCUGCUCAGGAAAACUGCCCCAUCAACGUUGUCCAGGCGCUGGACAAGGUUCUCGAGAUCCUGCGCUCGGCGGAGCUGUACUCACCGCACCUCACUGCCACGCCCAAGGACAACGACCCGGUCACAUCCGACCUGGUCGAGGGGCUCAUGACCUGUGGGAGUCGUAGGAGAUACUCGUCAGAUAUUGCGCUGUCCAAGAAUGUCUUGCCACAGUUUGUUCCCAGCAGCCCCCACUCCCACCUGCCUGACAUCCCUCCUGACGUACAGACCAUCCUGGACAAGGAGCCACAGUGGGACUUCGACAUCAUUGAGCUGGAGAGAGUCACCAACAAAAGGCCCCUGCUGUAUCUGGGCAUGAAGAUCUUCUCCCGGUUCGGUGUCUGUGAGGUGCUGAACUGUUCGGAGGUGACGCUGAGACUCUGGCUGCAGCUGGUGGAGAGGAACUACCACCAGAUCAACGCCUACCACAACUCCACCCACGCCGCCGACGUGCUGCACGCCACCGCCUACUUCCUGGACAAGGACAGGAUAGCGGGCCUCCUGGACAACAUGAACAAGGUAGCGGCCCUGCUAGCGGCAGUGUCCCACGAUGUGGACCACCCAGGCAGAACCAACUCCUUCCUGUGUAACGCCGGCAGUGAACUCGCCAUUCUCUACAACGAUGUGGCUGUGUUGGAGAGCCAUCAUUCAGCCUUGACCUUCCAGCUGACCUGGCGUGACGAUCGCUGCAACAUCUUCAAGAACCUGAGCAGGGAUGACUAUCGCAUGCUGCGGCAGCAGAUAAUCGACAUGAUCCUGGCCACUGAGAUGACGCGGCACUUUGAGCACCUGUCCAAGUUUGCCAACAGCAUCUCCAAGAUGGGCACCUCCGCACGGGUGGAGGACGACCGCCUCUCCUCGCACAGCGGUGGUGUGGCCACCCCGGAGCAUGACACUCUGAGGACCCUGGAGAACCGGACGCUCAUCAACCGCAUGCUGAUCAAGUGUGCCGACAUCGCCAACCCCGCACGGCCGCUGGACCUGUGUGUGGAGUGGGCCAAGAGGAUCGCUGAGGAGUACUGCCAGCAGACUGAUGAGGAGAAGGAGCGAGGCCUGCCCGUUGUCAUGCCUGUGUUCGACCGGGCCUCCUGCAGCAUCCCCAAGUCUCAGAUCUCCUUCAUCGACUACUUCCUCACUGACAUGUUCGACGCCUGGGAUGCGUUUCUGGACACGCCGUCCCUGAUCACCCACCUCACCAGGAACUACAAGUACUGGAAGCAGCAGGCAGAGGAGGCCGAGCGGCGCGGUGAGAGCGUCACGCGACUCGAAGAUGUUGAGUGAACAACCGUCGGAACUUUAGUAAAAUAACCUGAUAACAAUAUAUUGCUGCCUGUGUGAUUAUACAGACAGGUAUGCUUCAGGUACAUUCCCCGAAAGUAUGCAUAUUAUGAAGAUUGUUGAACAGCCUUCGGAAUACAAAAAAGAAAACCCUUCAUAACAAGAUAACAAUUUAUUGCUGUCUGUGUUAUUGUUUAUACAUACAUGUAUGCUUCAGGUACAUUCCCCAAAAGUAUGCAUAUUAUGAAGAUUGUUGAACAGCCGUCGGAAUACAAAAAAGAAAACCCUUCAUAACAAGAUAACAAUUUAUUGCUGUCUGUGUUAUUGUUUAUACAUACAUGUAUGCUUCAGGUACAUUCCCCAAAAGUAUGCAUAUUACGAAGAGAUUGUUUAUGGAUAUUAUCACUACCUUUUUCAGCAAGAACAAAUGAGAAGACGGACACGGUUUUACCCAUGUUGUAACGUCGUGGUUUUGUGAAACACUAACAGUCAGCCAUUGUGGAAUCUCUAUUAAAUUCUUGAACUAUGACUGUAUGAGAUUAAAGAUGUCGGAGUCUUGUUUUAAACAGGGACCAAUGACUUGUGUCAAAUACAGAUUCCUAUUAUAAUAUACAGUGUUUAUGUAUGUACAGUUGUAACUUAAACAAUGGAAAUAUAAACCCUACACAUUCCAGUGUUAGUUUUGUCUGUGGUUUGUAUUAACCUUAACAAAACCAAGUUCAUGUGCAAGAAUAGCUCCCUUUACAAAAUGUAGUUGAGCCAAGGCCAAGGCCAAGUGCAAGAAGAGAGAGAGCUACAGUAGCUCAAGCCUAGAUCAGAGGGAUGUGUGGCUCUCCAGUGUAACUAAUAGUUGUUGUGCCAAACAUUCAAAACUAUUUAUCAGUAGUCAAACCAUAAGAAUCAUAUAUCUGUAAUAAUGUGCAGUAAGAGGAAAGUGUAAAGUUUACGUCCCAAAAUCUUGUCUCCAGAGUGUAACGUUAUUCGAUGUUGUACAGUGUCACUUCUCUAACAUGUUGAACCUUCAUAGAUGAAACAUAAUAUAAUGUACAUAGUUAUGUUAUUAUUAUAUAGCACCAGUGACCUCUAUAUCUGUAUACAGGGUUGGUUUGGAAGGGACUUUCAUAGAGCCAACCCAGCAGAGAAACAUUCAAAGCAAAGCUCCAUCGUAACAGUUUACAUGUCAUGAAGAAUGGGACAGUACAGUCUGAUGUAAGGGUUUUCUACACAUUUUGGAACUGAUCUUUGUACUUUGUACUCUUGAUCUUGAAAGUAAGUAGUACACUAAGUAAGGGAGAUGUAAAGAGAACCCACGAGAUCAGGUGCCUUGAUGUCACAGUACACUACAGUAACUGUUGUCUCUACAUGCAACGUGCAUCUACCACAGAAGAAUGUACAUCAUCAGAAAAUAUUAGGAACAGUAUUUGUGUAAGAUGUGCUGGCUGAAUUGUCACUAUGUCAGCAGAAGGACUCCAGAUCUAGAGGAUUUCAGCCAGGUUGUUUGUUGUGCUGACAGAGUGUAAGCAGUGUACAUAUUUAUAUCUAUAUAUGUACGUAUUACAUGUCAUGUAAAAGUUGUGUAUUUUUAGAGCAGUUUUAUCCAGCGUCACCUCAGAGGGGCUACAGAAUUUUUACACGGCAGACUCUGGAACAGGAAUAUAUGUAAGUUGAUUUGCGAGUGAGCAAAGUGUGUAUUAAGUGAUAGUCAAAGCUAUUUUCCUACAAGGUUCACAUGCCUUCUUGUCUAUUGAUAAGUACUGUACAACAGGAGGUAGUGAUCAAGAUCAUUAAGAAAAGGAACACGAUGUUGUGUAGUAUCCCCCCAGAGCAGACCUUGUUUGUUCUCACAUAGGGCUGUGUACAUGUACCUGAUACCUGUGAAAUUAUUUAGGUACAGGUCUGGACCUGAACAUCUGGUGUAUCUGUACCUGUACCUGUACCUCAACCAAAUAAACAACAGAGGACAUCCGUUUUGUUUUACACUAAAGAGAGCUAAGUUGCAUCUCAAAGAUUGCAAUUUUUGUAGCACUUGAAAA